AAUGUUAUCCUGUUACGCGUUUUGAGCCAAACCAAGUUUAGCCUUCCCAAGUCUCCGUUACCUCCAUACGCGAACGUUGCACAAGUACGUAGCUCGUGUUGCUGCACAGCAUUGUGCGAACGAACACGAUAUGUCGCUCGCCGAUAAGCCGGUGCUGGGAUAUUGGAAUGUGCGAGGCAUCGCGCAACCCAUUCGCUACAUGCUUGAGUACAUCGGCAAGCCGUACGAGGACAAAGUGUACAAUUUCAAGGAAGACGCCCCUCCCAGCGAGCUGAGAGCGGAAUGGCUAAAGGACAAGGAAGCGCUUGGACGAGGGGACGGUGCUAUGGACUUCCCGAACUUGCCCUACUAUAUGGACGGAGACGUGAAGAUAACGCAAAGCUUGACAAUCAUGAGAUACUUGGGCCGCAAAAACGGACUCUUCGCGCAAACCAAUGAAGAGGAAACUCAACAAGACGUGCUUGAAGCACAGGUCAACGAUCUGCGGUGGCACUUAAUAGACUACUGCAAGUACGACGUCUUGGGCUCGUUACGCUGGUCCAACUACCCAGACGCCAUUGAAGGUCAAAUGAAACUUGUAUCGGACUACCUCGGUGCGAAAAAAUGGCUUCUCGGAGAUAGACUGACGUACGUCGACUUCCUGCUAUACGAAGCCUUAGAUCAGCACAGGCUGUUCAAAAAGGAUUGCCUGGACGCCUUUCCGAAUCUCCAGGAAUAUCACGAGCGCUUCCGGAACCUUCCAGCUAUCAAAUCGUACCUGGCAUCGGAGAGGUUCAGGGAUUGGCCCGUGUUUGGGGGACCGUUGAAACGGUGGGGAUACAAGAAGGAGGCCUGCUGAAACGUAUUGAUAUGCGGGGAAAAAAACUGCGUUUUCGAUGAACGCGCCACGUCCCGGUGAGGUCGGAUAAAGGCGUCCGGCUGAUUAUUGUAACCCGCUUACAACGAUGCCAAUUAUCUGAAUGGUUAUGAAACGUGAAACUGCAACGGCAAUGCUACGUGCAACAAAGAGGUUGGUUGAAUAAAAGUAGUCUUUUUUUUUACUGUUCA